AUGGCAAAAGGGGAUCCAAGAAAAGAGGGACACUCCAGAGUCCGUCGUCAAAUUCUUUGUCCUGGCUGUGUAGAAUACGGCGGUGGAUAUCCAGGACAAGGUGGUCCUGCCGGCCUCGGUGGUUAUCCAGGACAAGGUGGUCCUGCCGGCCUCGGUGGUUAUCCAGGACAAGGUGGUCCUGCCGGCCUCGGUGGUUAUCCAGGACAAGGUGGUCCUGCCGGCCUCGGUGGUUAUCCAGGACAAGGUGGUCCUGGUGCCUACGGUGGUUAUCCAGGACAGGGUGGUCCUGCCGGCCUCGGUGGUUAUCCAGGACAGGGUGGUCCUGCCGGCCUCGGUGGUUAUCCAGGACAGGGUGGUCCUGCCGGCCUCGGUGGUUAUCCAGGACAAGGUGGUCCUGCCGGCCUCGGUGGUUAUCCAGGACAAGGUGGUCCUGCCGGCCUCGGUGGUUAUCCAGGACAAGGUGGUCCUGCCGGCCUCGGUGAUUAUCCAGGACAGGGUGGUCCUGCCGGCCUCGGUGGUUAUCCAGGACAAGGUGGUCCUGGUGCCUACGGUGGUUAUCCAGGACAAGGUGGUCCUGCCGGCCUCGGUGGUUAUCCAGGACAGGGUGGUCCUGCCGGCCUCGGUGGUUAUCCAGGACAAGGUGGUCCUGGUGCCUACGGUGGUUAUCCAGGACAAGGUGGUCCUGCCGGCCUCGGUGGUUAUCCAGGACAGGGUGGUCCUGCCGGCCUCGGUGGUUAUCCAGGACAGGGUGGUCCUGCCGGCCUCGGUGGUUAUCCAGGACAAGGUGGUCCUGCCGGCCUCGGUGGUUAUCCAGGACAAGGUGGUCCUGCCGGCCUUGGUGGUUAUCCAGGACAAGGUGGUCCUGCCGGCCUCGGUGGUUAUCCAGGACAAGGUGGUCCUGCCGGCCUCGGUGGUUAUCCAGGACAGGGUGGUCCUGCCGGCCUCGGUGGUUAUCCAGGACAAGGUGGUCCUGGUGCCUACGGUGGUUAUCCAGGACAAGGUGGUCCUGCCGGCCUCGGUGGUUAUCCAGGACAGGGUGGUCCUGCCGGCCUCGGUGGUUAUCCAGGACAGGGUGGUCCUGCCGGCCUCGGUGGUUAUCCAGGACAAGGUGGUCCUGCCGGCCUCGGUGGAUAUCCAGGACAAGGUGGUCCUGCCGGCCUCGGUGGUUAUCCAGGACAAGGUGGUCCUGCCGGCCUCGGUGGUUAUCCAGGACAGGGUGGUCCUGCCGGCCUCGGUGGUUAUCCAGGACAAGGUGGUCCUGGUGCCUACGGUGGUUAUCCAGGACAAGGUGGUCCUGCCGGCCUCGGUGGUUAUCCAGGACAGGGUGGUCCUGCCGGCCUCGGUGGUUAUCCAGGACAGGGUGGUCCUGCCGGCCUCGGUGGUUAUCCAGGACAAGGUGGUCCUGCCGGCCUCGGUGGUUAUCCAGGACAAGGUGGUCCUGCCGGCCUCGGUGGUUAUCCAGGACAAGGUGGUCCUGCCGGCCUCGGUGGUUAUCCAGGACAAGGUGGUCCUGCCGGCCUCGGUGGUUAUCCAGGACAGGGUGGUCCUGCCGGCCUCGGUGGUUAUCCAGGACAAGGUGGUCCUGCCGGCCUCGGUGGUUAUCCAGGACAGGGUGGUCCUGCCGGCCUCGGUGGAUAUCCAGGACAAGGUGGUCCUGCCGGCCUCGGUGGUUAUCCAGGACAAGGUGGUCCUGCCGGCCUCGGUGGUUAUCCAGGACAAGGUGGUCCUGCCGGCCUCGGUGGUUAUCCAGGACAAGGUGGUCCUGCCGGCCUCGGUGGUUAUCCAGGACAAGGUGGUCCUGCCGGCCUCGGUGGUUAUCCAGGACAGGGUGGUCCUGCCGGCCUCGGUGGUUAUCCAGGACAAGGUGGUCCUGGUGCCUACGGUGGUUAUCCAGGACAAGGUGGUCCUGCCGGCCUCGGUGGUUAUCCAGGACAGGGUGGUCCUGCCGGCCUCGGUGGUUAUCCAGGACAGGGUGGUCCUGCCGGCCUCGGUGGUUAUCCAGGACAAGGUGGUCCUGCCGGCCUCGGUGGUUAUCCAGGACAAGGUGGUCCUGCCGGCCUCGGUGGUUAUCCAGGACAAGGUGGUCCUGCCGGCCUCGGUGGUUAUCCAGGACAAGGUGGUCCUGCCGGCCUCGGUGGUUAUCCAGGACAUGGUGGUCCUGCCGGCCUCGGUGGUUAUCCAGGACAAGGUGGUCCUGCCGGCCUCGGUGGUUAUCCAGGACAGGGUGGUCCUGCCGGCCUCGGUGGAUAUCCAGGACAAGGUGGUCCUGCCGGCCUCGGUGGUUAUCCAGGACAAGGUGGUCCUGCCGGCCUCGGUGGUUAUCCAGGACAAGGUGGUCCUGCCGGCCUCGGUGGUUAUCCAGGACAAGGUGGUCCUGCCGGCCUCGGUGGUUAUCCAGGACAAGGUGGUCCUGCCGGCCUCGGUGGUUAUCCAGGACAGGGUGGUCCUGCCGGCCUCGGUGGUUAUCCAGGACAAGGUGGUCCUGGUGCCUACGGUGGUUAUCCAGGACAAGGUGGUCCUGCCGGCCUCGGUGGUUAUCCAGGACAGGGUGGUCCUGCCGGCCUCGGUGGUUAUCCAGGACAGGGUGGUCCUGCCGGCCUCGGUGGUUAUCCAGGACAAGGUGGUCCUGCCGGCCUCGGUGGUUAUCCAGGACAAGGUGGUCCUGCCGGCCUCGGUGGUUAUCCAGGACAAGGUGGUCCUGCCGGCCUCGGUGGUUAUCCAGGACAAGGUGGUCCUGGUGCCUACGGUGGUUAUCCAGGACAAGGUGGUCCUGCCGGCCUCGGUGGUUAUCCAGGACAAGGUGGUCCUGCCGGCCUCGGUGGUUAUCCAGGACAGGGUGGUCCUGCCGGCCUCGGUGGUUAUCCAGGACAAGGUGGUCCUGCCGGCCUCGGUGGUUAUCCAGGACAAGGUGGUCCUGCCGGCCUAGGUGGUUAUCCAGGACAAGGUGGUCCUGCCGGCCUCGGUGGUUAUCCAGGACAAGGUGGUCCUGCCGGCCUCGGUGGUUAUCCAGGACAGGGUGGUCCUGCCGGCCUCGGUGGUUAUCCAGGACAGGGUGGUCCUGCCGGCCUCGGUGGUUAUCCAGGACAAGGUGGUCCUGCCGGCCUCGAUGGUUAUCCAGGACAAGGUGGUCCUGGUGCCUACGGUGGUUACCCAGGACAAGGUGGUCCUGCCGGCCUCGGUGGUUAUCCAGGACAAGGUGGUCCUGCCGGCCUCGGUGGUUAUCCAGGACAAGGUGAUCCUGGUGCCUACGGUGGUUAUCCAGAACAAGGUGGUUCUGCCGGCUACGUUGGUAAUCCAGGACAAGGUGGUCCUGGUGGCUAUGGUGGUGCUGGUGGUUAUCCAGGCCCUGCCGCCGACGGUUACCAAUUCCGGAGGCCCGCACCCGGCGAUCCAAUCAGGCAUGUGCCUAUAGGCUGA